GUUGAGGAAGCCCACAUCCGACCGAGGGACAGCAUUUCAGUGGUGAUGGGACUCUCUUCAUUACCAAUCACAUCAGCCCUAGAUGACGAGAUUGGCAAGGAUUCGAAGAAGCCUCCAAAGUGAGGGGUUCCGACGCUCUUAAGACUGCCAGAAAUCCAUUCACUCCUCCACGUCGUCAACACGUUCGUCUACAUACGAUGCCUUCGCUCGCCACGAUCCCGACGGAAAUCACUCUCCUAAUCACGUCCUUCCUCCCUCCCAACGGCGGCCUCGGCAGCCUCGUUCGCACCAACCGCCACCACUACAACACCCUCAACACCGUUCUCUACAAGCGCGCCGCCGCCGAACUCGAGCCCCAACACAUCCUCGAAUGGGCGCUCACCAACGAAUCGGAGACAGUUCUUGACGUGCUCCUCGCGCAAGGCCUCGACCUCGACGACCCACUUAUCCGCGAUGACGGCUUCGCAAAACAUUGGUACCCUUGGUCGUUUGAGCUCCCCACGCCGCUUCUCGCCGCCGUGGCGGGUGGCAACGACUGGGCUGUUCUCACCCUCAUCAAGAAGGGCGUCAACGUCAACACCUCCAAGGAAUUCAACGAGACCCCACUACAUCAUGCGGCUCGGUGGGGAUAUACUAGUCUUAUCCGGCCGCUAGUGGAGGCGGGGGCGGACAUUGAGGCUCGGACGCUAUCCAGCUGGUGCACGCCGUUGUGGGUGGCUAGCCAUUGUGCUGGCUGGGAGGACCCCAGGAGGAAGCGUAACACGCUCGAGGCGAUCAGGGAGCUGGUUGCGUUGGGCGCGGACAUCGAAGCGAAAGAUUUUAAGUCUGAUCUGACGUGCUUGAUGGAGGCGAUUGAAUCAGGAUAUGUCAAGGCGGUUCCUGUGCUUCUCGGGUGCGGAGCGUCAACCAAAGUUAAGGGGAAAAGGGGUCGCAACGAGCCUCAACCACUUCAUUUUGCGUUGCGCAAGGGAUGGUUGGCGACGAUUAGGGAUUUAGUGGAGCACGGUGCGGACAUCGAGGCCACAAUUGGCUGUAUCCCGAACAUCUACGUUGGUUCGCCUCUCGAAUAUUUCCAUUAUGAACGGCAAGAAUACAUUGAUACUCUUGCCCGUACUGGUCGGCAGAUUGGGGAUAUUUCGCCGCCGAUGAAAGAUGCGUUCACUGACGAGGGGGUUGAAGAGGUGGUGCGCCUACUCACCCCGAAAACGGGCCGGGAACACACGGAACUGGUUGUUGGGUGAUUAUAUGUAUUGAUUGUGUGAGUUUUGGGGGUCACCAUGAGAUAGUGGAAAGGGCGCAGGCGGGUGAUUUGACGGAAUGCGAGACUGCGGGGGUACAUAUUAGACGGCUGUCGGUACGGUACCGGAAGAUAGCUGCUCGAUACAGUGUGUGUGUGCCAACAGUAGGCUCUCAUUUACCAGGGCCAUCAUUUAACAGUGUCCGUCCCCC